AUGCCCCGAAAGCUGCCGUGGAAAACUAGACGCGAGCCCGAGGACUCGCCGCCAGUCAAGGCGCCCGGGCGGCAGAGCCCGCGUGCUCAUGCCCCCGCGCGGCGCUCCAGCUCUCGACGCGCCCCGGAGCAAGGCCAAGGCGCCGGUGGGAUUUGUAGUCCGUCUACAUCGCCGCCGCCGGUGCCGCCGGUCCAGCAGUUCAUGAUCGCCGGGCCCCGCGGGGACGACCGGUUCCGCAUGGUGGAGGACGAGCUGCUGGACACGGCUCGCCUGUUCACGGCGCACCUCCACCGCGCCGAGUACACGCGGCUGAAGAAGCUGGCGGCGGCGCAGAACGCUGCGGCCAUCAGGGAGAUUGAGAGACCGGUGGUGCCUGGGCCGGGUACGGCCGCGGCCGCGGCCGCGGGCACGAGGUGCAGGGAGGCGGCUUCGCGACGGCGGCGGCGAGGCGGCGAGGCGGGCCCGGCGCCCUGGGUGGGAAGCAGCUUGCAGGGAUUGAUGGAGACGCGCCGCGGAAGGGAGGUGAGUCCGGCCGUCGUUGGGGGGAGGUCGGGCGGUUCGGGCGUGUCGUUGCGGCCGCGGCCUGUUGUGGUUUCGGCCUCUUCGCGGGAGCCGGGGGGGACGCGGAGGGUGUUGGCGUCGUCUUCUGCUGCGUCGGCUGGGGCGGAGGAUCGUGCUGAGGCAGCGCUGGAGGAUGAUGGUGAUGAGGAUGAUCCUUUUGGCGUGAGGGAGAGGAGGGCGAGGCGUGAGAGGGAGAGGGAGAUGAUGAGGAUGGGUGAGAGGCGGAGAGAGACUCCCAAGAAGCUGGAGGAGGAUACGAUACCUUGGUUCUUUUGA